ACUUCUGCCUGAAAAACAGGAGAGUAGCUUCAGGAUGUUGAAGGAGGAUCCACCAAAGAGGAAGACCAGGCACCACGGACCCUCUGGCUUCUCCUUUUCCUCUUUGACACAGACCCUGCCCUGUAAAAAGGAAGAGGAAGACUUACUGACCCCCCACAUUAAAGAGGAAGAGGAGGAACACAGCAUCAGUCAGGAGGGAGAUCAUAUUGAAGGACUGGUGGAGUUCCCAGUGACUGGUGUCCCUGUGAAGAGUGAAGAUGAUGAGGUCAAAGGUGAAAGUGAGGAGAAGAGAGAGGCGGAGCCUCCAAGCAGCAGCUCAACACAACACAUGACAACAGAAGCUGAUGGAGACCACUGUGGAGGAUCACAAGCAGACAAGAUCUUAGCUCCACUAUCAGAUAGUGAGGACACAACGUCACACUCUCCUGACACUGAUGAUGAACACUCUAAAGAUGAUAAGACAUGUCACACUGACAACACUCACUUGAAGUGUUCUCACUGUCACAAAACUUUCAAAUAUCCUAGUCAUCUGAAAAGACACAUGAGAACACACACUGGAGAAAAAACUUUUAUCUGUUCAAUCUGUAGUAAAGAUUUUGUAGAAAGUCACAAAUUGAAAGUACACAUGAAAACACACACUGGUGAAAAACCUUUUUCUUGUUCAAUCUGUGGUAAAAGUUUUACAGGAAGUCAAUAUUUGAAAGUGCACAUGAGAAUACACACUGGUGAAAAACCCUUUUCCUGUUCAACCUGUGGUAAAGGUUUUACACUAAGUCAACAUUUGAAAACACACUUGAGAGUACACACUGGUGAAAAACCCUUUUCCUGUUCAACCUGUGGUAAAGGUUUUACACAAAGCCAAAAUUUGAAAACACACUUGAGAGUACACACUGGUGAAACACCCUUUCCCUGUUCAACCUGUGGUAAAGGUUUUACACAAAGUCAACAUUUGAAAACACACUUGAGAGUACACACUGGUGAAAAACCCUUUUCCUGUUCAACCUGUGGUAAAGGUUUUACACAUAGUCAAGAUUUCAAAGGACACAUGAGAGCACACACUGGUGAAAAACCUUUUUCCUGUUCAACCUGUGGUAAAGGUUUUACACAAAGUCAAUAUUUGAAAGUACACAUGAGAACACACACUGGUGAAAAACCUUUUUCCUGUUCAAACUGUGGUAAAGGUUUUACACUAAGUCAACAUUUGAAAGUACACAUGAGAACACACACUGGUGAAACACCCUUUUCCUGUUCAACCUGUGGUAAAGGUUUUACACAAAGUCAAAAUUUGAAAACACACUUGAGAGUACACACUGGUGAAAAACCAUUUUCCUGUUCAACCUGUGGUAAAGGUUUUACACAAAGUCAAGAUUUGAAAGUACACAUGAGAGCACACACUGGUGAAAAACCUUUUUCCUGUUCAACCUGUGGUAAAGGUUUUACACAAAGUCAAUAUUUGAAAGUACACAUGAGAACACACACUGGUGAAAAAACUUUUUCCUGUUCAACCUGUGGUAAAGGUUUUACACUAAGUCAACAUUUGAAAAGACACAUGAGAACACACCCAGGAGAGAAAGUGUUGAGUUGCAGUGUGUGUGGUGAAAGAUUCUCUUAUAACUACCAGUGUAAGAAACACAAGUGUGCUGGUGAGAACAGCAGCAGCAAAUGAAACUGCAGGAUUUGAAAUAAACUGUCAAGACUUUAAUGUUGACUUUCUGACAACAUCAGCACAUAUAACAUGUGUGACAUUGUUGUUUGUGUAACUAUCUUGUUAAUAUUCUCCUACAUUUUUUUUUAACGUUGAUGUUCCAGGUAAUCUUAUUUUCAGUGAAGGUUUAGGAUAGCCAAAUAUAAGCUUUGGCUUCAGCCUAUUC